ACACAAUUCAAUCCACGAUACCUAUCCUAUCCCAUCCCACUCCCUUCUCAGUGAUGACUGGGUUGGAACCCACAGCUUGAAAAAUACUGGUCUAAAAAGCAAAUUGUAAGGUAUAAGCAAUUACAGAAACAGGGAAUUUACUUUGUAAAAGACAAAAUUAACCUACUUUGAGAGUUCUGUGGGUGAUAUAGAAAGAUACAAAAUUCAGCUUUUACUCUGAAGACACAUAUAGUUAGCUGAUUGGGCAAAUUUUAUGUGUGUAUGGAUCUCUGUGUGUAGUGACUGUGAUAUAAAAUAUGAUUUCUUUAAGCUACUUUUGAAAAGAAUUCUUUUCUAUAACACCCCUGCAGUUGUAAAAUUGUAUCAAAAUCAAUAGAGUAUACAAUAAAUUCCAAAGUAUUUGUAAGUGCUUUAGGAAUUUGGAGACAGGAAAAGAUUAGUGUGAGUUGGAACAGCUGGGGAUGGCCUCAUGACAGAGGUGGGAGUCAAGUAGGAACUUAAAAGAUGGGUAGAAUGUGUGUAGGUGGGAGGAGGGGCUUGACAUUCCAGUGAUGCCAAGAGUGAUCAGUGUCUUAGAAUUGAAAGAAACAAUAUAUUCAGGAAGAGUGAGAAGUGAGAUCUGGCUAUAAUAUGAGGUUCGCGUUGGUCAUGAGUGAAAGAUAAGAUUAAGUUUGUAAGGAAGAGCCAGAUUAUGAGGUGAUUUAGACUUUAUCCUGUAGGAAAUGGGGUUCUCUCUUACCUCUCUCAGUCCCUCCUUCUCUGUAUUUCUCAUCUCUCAGCUUGCAGUGAAAAUAUAGUUGAUGUUUUGGGAGAGUAAGUAUGGCCUGGUUAAAGUUGGGAGAACCUAGGGGUUAACAGAGAUUAAUAUUACACUCCUAUGGAAGCAGUAAGCCAAGGCUAAAAAUCGAAAGCGUUUGGCAAGAAUAGAUAAAUGGUUUUAUUACAUUUUAAUUAAUUUACAGAAGUAAUCUCAUUGUGUUUUUAUUCAAAAGGGCAUUUAUUAAGUUCUUUCUCUAUGCUAGGCUCUCAGGAUUCAAAAAGGGAUAAAUAUGGACUGUUUCUAACAGUACAUUAAAUACGUACAGUUUUCCUAGUUGUGUUUGUUUUUUUUUUUAAAUCCUGGUAUUUAUCAUGCUACCACAUCUUCACAGUUGUGUAUAAUGAAGCUACACAACUCUAUUUUCCCUCUCUUGUUAGGUUGCACUCCUCUGAUUCAACCCAAUUCUUUGUCUUUCUUGUACAUGCACUUAAGUAGUUGAUGUUUCUAGAGAAAAACAGUGUUUCCCCGUUUCACAUUAAAAUUAUAACCACAGACCUGAAAUGGGCCUGAGGUACUUCCAAACAAUCCUGCUACAUUUCCCCAGUAGUUCUCUCCCAUUUUCUCAAAGGAGUGUUUCACAUAUUCUCUUCUCUCUUUUAAGGAGCCCUGGUGGUGCAGUGGUUAAGCGCUUGACGGCUAACCGAAAGAACCGAGAGCUCCAGAUUAUGAGAAAGCUAGAUCACUGUAACAUAGUCCGAUUGCGUUAUUUCUUCUACUCAAGCGGUGAGAAGAAAGAUGAGGUCUAUCUUAAUCUGGUGCUGGACUAUGUUCCGGAAACAGUAUACAGAGUUGCCAGACACUAUAGUCGAGCCAAACAGACGCUUCCAGUGAUCUAUGUCAAGUUGUAUAUGUAUCAACUGUUCCGAAGUUUAGCCUAUAUCCAUUCAUUUGGAAUCUGCCAUCGGGAUAUUAAACCACAGAACCUCUUACUGGAUCCUGAUACAGCUGUCUUAAAACUCUGUGACUUUGGAAGUGCAAAGCAGCUGGUCCGAGGAGAACCCAAUGUUUCGUAUAUCUGUUCUCGGUACUAUAGGGCACCAGAGUUGAUCUUUGGAGCCACUGAUUAUACCUCUAGUAUAGAUGUGUGGUCUGCAGGCUGUGUGUUGGCUGAACUGUUGCUAGGACAACCAAUAUUUCCAGGAGACAGUGGUGUGGAUCAAUUGGUGGAAAUAAUCAAGGUCCUGGGAACACCAACAAGGGAGCAAAUUAGAGAAAUGAAUCCAAAUUACACAGAAUUCAAAUUCCCUCAAAUUAAGGCACAUCCUUGGACAAAGGAUUCGUCAGGAACAGGACAUUUCACCUCAGGAGUGCGGGUCUUCCGACCCCGGACUCCACCGGAGGCAAUUGCACUGUGUAGCCGUCUGCUGGAGUAUACACCAACCGCCCGAUUGACGCCACUGGAAGCUUGCGCACAUUCAUUUUUUGAUGAAUUACGGGACCCAAAUGUCAAACUACCAAAUGGGCGAGACACACCUGCACUCUUCAACUUCACCACUCAAGAACUGUCAAGUAAUCCACCUCUGGCCACCAUCCUUAUUCCUCCUCAUGCUCGGAUUCAAGCAGCUGCUUCAACCCCUACAAAUGCCACAGCAGCCUCAGACGCUAAUGCUGGAGACCGUGGACAGACCAAUAACGCCGCUUCUGCUUCAGCUUCCAACUCCACCUGAACAGUCCCAGGCAGCCAGCUGCACAGGAAAAACACCAGUUACUUGAGUGUCACUCAGCAACACUGGUCACGUUUGGAAAGAAAAUUAAAAAGAAAAAAAAAACCUGUUCAUUUUAGUGUUCAAUUUUUUUUAUUAUUAUUGUUGUUCUUAUUUAACCUUGUAAAAUAUCUAUAAAUACAAACCAGUUUCAUUGUAUUCUCACUUUGAGGGAGAUCCAGAGGGUGGGAGGGCGGUGGGGAGGGGGAAAGCGGAGCACUAGAACACAAAAUCUCUCCCAUGACAAUCUUUUUUUAUCAAAGGUCUGCUGUUGUAUACUUUAAAAACAGGACUCCUGCCUCAUGCCCCUUCCACAAAAGAAGAAAACCUGGUUCUGUGCUGAAGUUUUUGUGAAUUUUGUUUUCUUUUAAAGUCAAGUGUAAGACUUUGGUAUAGUGCACAGCUUGAAAUUGGUUGGGAGCUUAGCAGGUGUAAGUCAAUGGGGACUUCAGUGUCACUUGUAAAAUUAAUCCAUAUCCUCGGGUGUUUGAAGACUUGCCUUUGGCAUGUUGGUGGCAAGCAUGGCAGACAGAAGAGGAAAUGUGUAUCAUUCGUAGGCCAGGGAGGUAAAUAAACUUUGAAACUAUAAGGGUAAGUUUCUUAAUUGGUUUGUUUAGGCUUUGAUUGCUCUUAAUCAGGGCUCGUGGUGAAGAAACUUGUCUAGGAGGCUGUCUGACGAGGAGCAGGCAGAACUCUGGCUGCUCUGAGGGCGGAUCUUCGUUUGCCUGACCAAAGGUUCUCUGCAAAUCUUCGUACAAUUUUAGACUAGUUACCUGGAGGAGACUGAGGGGUAUUGAGCAGGCCGCUCAGGCUGCAGAGGUCAAAGGCAGACCCGCUGGAGGCACCGACCAGCCAGGGAUUUUUUCAGCAGAUCUCACCACUGUGAAUGAAUUUUUCCAGAUUUUUUCUAAAGUUGCUUCCCUUAGAAAGAUACACUUGAGAGGACACUAUAGUUAAAUAAUGUGAACUGUAACAGUCUACUGGCUUAUUUUUCAUAUUUUUAAUUAAAAAUUGAGCUUGCUGAAAUUGCCAUAUUCUACACAUAGUUCUAAUUUUAAAUCCAAAUCUAGAAUCUCUAUUUAAUUUUCACUUUUUUAACCUCAUGCUUUUUAAAUUUUAUUUAUUGAUGCAUGUCAGAUAGGCCAUUAUGAUUUUAGAUGGUAGGAAUAUUGAAAACUACACAUCAAAAUGAUACAAACAGUCACUUGUACCUGCUGAUUUUAUAGGAAAGCUGAUUAUAUAAAUGUGUGUAUAUAUGUUAUAUAUACAUAUAUUCAGUACUGCCUUUUUUCUUUUUUUGUCUUCAGUAUCAAAAUUGACUGGUUGAAGCAUGAGAAUGUUGUCCCCCAUGCCCAGUUAAGAAUUUUUGUUCUGUUUUCUUUGUGUAUUAGUGAAUGGUGUAAGAAUCAAAGUCUCUGUUUUUGCAGAAAAAGCAAUAUUCCUUGGAAAGCAAGGAGGAUUGAAGGAUUAUGUUUGCAGUGAGGAAAUAGAUUUUCACAACUAGUUUGUUGUACACUUUUCAGGCUGGCGUCUACGUGGGCCUUACAUACUCUAAAAUGAACCUUAGUCACCUUGGUGCUUAGGGCCAUUACUUGACCUAGGAAUCUUUAAGGCACAAUCAGCUGUACUUUACAUUUAAAGGUCACUUGAGUGAUGGCCGCCUUUCCCUCCUACCCGCCCCUUCCCCACACACCUUCCAAGGUUAGCUGAGCCUGAGAUCGGGUGAAACCUCCCUUCAACCUCAUUGCCACCUUAGGUCACGUUUGGGGUCUCGCCCUCUAGGUGGUUUGGAAGUGGAGUCUCUUAGCAGCCCUUAUGCAGGCCCCAGUGCCCUGUCCUGCUUCUUAACGAAGUAUGCGUGACUCUGAGAGAGUCGUACUGCCUGCUGUAGUGAACCAGUACCCAGGAAGACGACUGUGAGCCAUCUGCGUUUUCACUCACUGUUCAGCUAAGCUCUUAGGCCACAAAUGGGCAUCUUAAGCCUCUGGUUAUACAAGAGUUCGUGAGAAAGACACACUCAGUCAAACCAAAUCAAACCAACUGGUUUUUACUUUUCAUUAGGAGCUUCUAAGAGCUAGUUAAGAUUUUAAAGCAGUCUGCAAUCAAAGUAUUUAAUAGCAUAAUUCCUUAAAGGGAAUGAAUGGCUUGGACAGACCAUUUUCUGAAAGGAUUUGUAAAGAAUCUGAGUGGCAGGUCAGUGACAGAAAUAAACCUGCUUUCAGACUCAACUGCCUAGCCAAACGUUUAGACACAGACACUACUCUAGACUUGGUAAGCAUCUGCUACAGUCUAUAAAAACCAGUGCUUGCUUUAGGAAACAUUUCCCACUAUCACCACCACCACCGAACAGGAUAGGAGAAGACAAGUGCUUUUCUCUCAUUUUCUCGUGUGUGUGAGGGCUGAGUUGCAGUGAUUUUUCUUUCUCAAGGAUCAUGGCAGGAUCACAGAACUCUUUUAUACAAGUGAGAUCCAGGUCUCUGAAUAUUUUUUUGUAAAUAAUAAUAAUAAUAAAAAGCUCCUCACCAAAUUCAAGCUUGUACAUUAUAUUUUUCUUUCGAUGUUUUUAAAUUUAAGUUUUAUUGUUUUGUAUGUAAAUACGUGGACCCAGGAACUGUUAUUAACGAGCAAAAAGUUACUGUUCAGGGCAGUGAUUCUGCUUAAUAUCAGACAAAAUGUAGACGAGCUUUUUAAAGCCAUAUAGUUUUAACUCUGUACAGUAGGUACCGGCCUGUAUUAUUGUAACAAUAACUCUAGCAAUGUAUAGUGUAUCUAUAUAGUUUGGAGUGCCUUCGCUUCCAUGUGUUUGGGUUUUUUUUUUUGUUGGGUUUUUUUGUUUGUUUGUUUGUUUGUUUCAUUUUUUGAAAUUUUAAUUGGUUUCCCUGAUCCAUGUCCCCCUCACCCAUCUCCUUUCCCUUUUCAAUAAUAGCUCACUCAUAAAACAGUAUCUUUGCCCCUUCCACAGUUGUCAGGUUUCAGUGACACCGUGCUCCGUGGUGGAAAGAGGAAACCAUGUUCAGAAUCUCACUUCUCCAAGCCCUGACUUUAUUUUGGUUCUGAGCGUCUGUUUCCUCGUCUGUAGCAGUGACUGGUUUCAGUUCAUACUUAGCCCAUUCAGGGACUCAGUCCAGCGCCAGGGAGCCCUAGACUAGCUGGAGAUAUGGAAAAAGAUUAGAUUUUGCUCGUCUCUUCCCCAAGCUCUAAUGUUGAGUCUUAACAAACAGCAGAUUCCGGGAGCCUUCCAUGCUCGCCCUCCUCUUUAACCUACUUCCCUCCCAAAAGAGAGACAGAGAAUUGGUUUUUAUAAAUCAGAGUUUCUUAAUAGUAUUGGGUUUUGAUACGUCAGUGGUCUAAAAUGCUAUAGUGCAAUUCCUAGCAGUCCUGGCACCGAGUGAGUGCCGCUGGGCCGUAGAGGCCAGUUGUUUUCACAAGGGAGCUCUUAGCCCAUCCCCUCCCUCCUGCCAUCUCUACCCCUGUUCAAUGAAAUGUCAUUUUAAUUUCGUAAUAAAAUCCAUUUAAUUCUUCCUGUGCCCAAUGUGAAGGCCUUUUUUGAAAGAAAAAAAGAUCAAAUUAUUUGUUUUGCCUCCAAGUACUCCAUAUAAGAUGUCUUGAAUAGAAGAGCAAACUACCAAACCAAAGGUUGUUAUUUUUGAAACAUCGUGUGUUCAUUCCAACAAGGCAGAGACUGCGCCUUCUUUCCAAUGACAUGUUGUGUCAUUUUUUUAAGUCCUCCUAUUAGACAUAUUUUUGGUUUGUGUUUUAACCAAGUACGCCUAACCAGUCAUCUCGUCUGCACCAAUGCAAAGGUUUCUGAGAGGACUAUUAUAUUCCCUAUCCCUGGGAUAUAAAGACACUGGUGUUUCAUUUAUUUUCCAUUUCCUUUUUAAAGGAUUUAACUUUGGAAUCUUCCAAAGGAAGAUUGGCCAAUGCAGAUCCCCAAGAGUUUGGGGGAUUUUGUUUGUUUUAAACCAACGUUGCAUCAGAUCCUGUUCAUGUUAGUGAUCAUCUAAUCACAGGGCCAAACACCCUUAUCCCUAUAUAGAAGAAGAAACUAAGCAUACAAUAAAUAAAACCUGUCUUUUCUGGCAGAAACCUGAGCCAAUGAAAAUAAAAGAGACAACUAGAAGCACAGCAGAGUCCCAGACUAAGGUCUACCUUUGAGAGGCUUCGAAAGUAAUCCUUAGGGUUGGGGUUAUUUUCACAAAGGUUAUGCCCAGUUUUAUUCAAGUUUGUUGCUCCGUUUUUGCACCUCUGCAAUAAAGCAAAAUGACAACCAGUACAUAAGGGGUUAGCUUGACAAAGUAGACUUCCUUGUGUUAAUUUUUUAAGUUUUUUUUUCUUACUGUAUCUGUCUACAGGCAGAUACAGAUAGACGUAUGAAAAUGUGCUUGCCUGUAAAAUUUGCAUUUAUAAAUGUGUUGCCGAUGGAUCACUUGGGCCUGUACACAUACCAAUUAGCGUGACCACUUCCAUCUUAAAAGCAAAUCUAAACAAAAUAUAAAUAUAUAUAUAUUUAUAUAUAUAUAAAGGACUGUGGGUUGUAUACAAACUAUUGCAAACACUUGUGCAAAUCUGUCUUGAUAUAAAGGAAAAAGCAAAAUCUGUAUAACAUUAUUACUACUUGAAUGCCUCUGUGACUGAUUUUAUUUUCAUUUUAAAUAUAAACUUUUUUUUGUGAAAAGUAUGCUCAAUGUUUUUUUUCCCUUUCCCCAUCCCCUUGUAAAUAAAUUUUGUUUUAUGUGACUUGGUUUGGAAAAUAGUUAACUGGUACUGUAAUUUGCAUUAAAUAAAAAGUAGGUUAGCCUGGAAAUGAAAUUAAACUUCACAGGUGUGUGGUCUUUAUUUCAGCACCCAGCCCUCUUUCUCCACCCUACCUAUUACGUCACGGCGAUACGUAGUCACAUCACCAUCUCCGUUUCUCUAACGGGAGAAACGUGAAUCUUUUGUUAAAAAAGUCAAGAUACGAGCACUAGCUCUGGUUCUUGCAAAUGAUCUAUUCCACUCUGUAGCCCCAAGAGGUGCAGCUUCCGUCUUGGAAACCUUUGCAUUGGAUGUAGAGGAAGCCUAGCAGGCACUGCUUUGAAAAGAUGGAAGACAUCCCUGAAGGGGACAAAUCUUAAAAACGUGUGUAAGCUGCUGAUUUGGGUUACUGUGUUCAUGGUUUGGUGUAGCUGUAUUUUCUUUUAACCUUCAUACCAUUAGUAAUGCUCUGCGAGGGUAGUCUGUAAACUACAUGAACACCACCAACAGUGGGGCUGUACCUCCCAGUAACCAACACAUGUUGUGUUUAAGUCUGGUCAUUUCCAAUAAUGGAUGAUGUAUGUAAACAUGUUAUGUCUCUUAGUGCAAAAAGAAACAUCAAUUUUUUAGGACUGGCUCUGUCAGGCCUAAUCUAAAGGCUAGAUAUAAGGUCAUGUGACUGCUGCUUCAAUAAAAAAUUUAUAUUGGAUAAAGUCUGGUCUUCAUUUAUUUACUGUGGUAGUGGGCUUGGCUAAUUCCACUAAUAUUUAUAAAGGAGUUAAACUCAUUUACCGGUGUGUGUGUGUUGGUGGGAGGGGGCCAGUCAAUGCUAAGCUACAGAUGGGACAGGCCUCCAGAUGGCAUUGAAGAGUACUUGUUUGAGAUUCACCGAUACUUGUUUAUUCUCUGCCUUAGCUAUCUGAGUUGGGAUUGAGUUAAAUGGCGUGCUAACUGUCCUGCAAGAUAGCCUUUUAAUUUAGUUAUCUUGAAACACUACAUUUUUAUCUAAGGCCUUCCAGAAAGUACUGACCAAACAAUCCUUUGCGAGAAAGUUUGAGGACAGCAGUGAUAAUGGAUGUCAUUUUGGAAGGCGCCCUAGAAGGAUCAUGAGGAAAGAAGAGGAGAGGUUGCGGUUCUAAAUCACUGAAAAGUUUGUGAAAGGAAAAGAAGAAAAGUGUAGGGAUGGUCACCCAUUCCUCAGGUGUAGGAAUAUUUCAUCCACCCACCACACUAUCGGGUUUAGGAGAUCUGUGGGUCCAACAAGCGAAAGCUACCAGAGAAAAGCUGCAGUGGACAGUGCCAUGAUGAGACCUACGGGUUUUUAGGAGCUAGAAACAAGUGAUUAAUCAAGUGUGUGUUUCUCUUUGCAUACUCUUUUCUCCAGAAAGACCGCUCUGGGCCUUCCCACAAGAAGACUGCUUGUUGAUGUCAAGGUUUUAAUUAGCUCCUAGAAGUCUGGGUGAGGGUAGAGAGGCUGCGGAGUGACUGACCGAUGUGACCAAAAGGUAAGCAGUAGCUUAUUUAAAAGGUCUUCCUCUGAGCUUUGGAGACUGACUCCAGUCUCUUCCGACUGAGUCAUGAAAACCUGCAAAAAGAAGACAGUGGCCACACGGCUGUCUACAAACUGAUGCUUAGUUUUACUUGCUGAAAAACAGGGAAGGGAGUAAUAAAUCCAAAUGUUUCAGAGUUGGAAAGUUGAAUCUGGAUUCUCCUAGUCUUACGAAUGUGAGAUCCACAUAGCUGCGGGAAGGGAGCAUAAUGAGUGAGCUCUUUGGUGCAUCUAGUCUUGAAUCUUAACUACACUUAGACUACACUAGCUUUUUUACAAUCUAUGGAAAUCAUAUCUACAUGUCCAGUGUUUUAGGAACUGCCUGUUUUUUAAAUCAAUACCGGGAGACGAGUUUACCCUACACCCCAUCUUAAUCUCACCUUAACGUCACCUGUUCUGAUAACAAUAAUAACCAGUUGCUGUCGAGUCUGUUCCGAUUCAUGGCGACCCCAUGUGUUUCAGAGUA